GGUUGUAUUUUCAAAAUGGUCAUAGACAUACUACUGUUUCUUCAGUAGAUCAAUACUACCAUACUUAUUAUUCUGAAAAAAAUGUCUAGACUGCAGGUACAUGUCCAAACCUUUAGGUGGCAGAGUGAUGUAUUCUUUUGCGGAAAAUGCCAAGGAAAUGAAAGAAAAACGUGACGUCAGGCUACUGAAACAUGUAAACAAACGGGACAUCUUUGGUACAAGUACUGCAAAUUACAUUUGAUAACAUUAGUUACACGAGUAACCAUGAAGAGGGUAUUUGUAACUGUAGGAACAACAAGCUUUGAUGACCUAAUCGAACGUGUUACUUCCCCUGAAGCUGUUCAAGAGUUGAAAGCCCGCGGCUAUCAACAUUUGGUCCUGCAGGUCGGACAAGGCUCUAUUCUCCCAGAUUCAGACAGCUGUCACGAGCUCACGUUAGAGGCCUUUCGAUUCAAGGAUUCCAUCGCUGAAAAUAUCAGAUGUGCCGACCUGGUUAUCAGCCAUGCUGGGGCAGGUAGUUGUCUGGAGACCCUUGGUGCAGACAAGCCACUGCUAGUGGUGGUCAAUGACAAACUUAUGGACAAUCACCAGCUAGAGCUGGCCAAACAGCUACACCAAGACUCACACCUACUGUACUGCACCCCCAGCACUCUUACUGAGACCCUGAAGACGAUGGACCUUGCUGUUCUCUCACCCUUCUUACCUGGACAACCAAAGCAUUUUGCCAAUUUCCUGGACAAGGCCCUUGGUGUUCAAUGAUUCCAACGGAGGGCUGUCUCUGAGGUCAACUCAGUGUUCUGUUAUGGACUCUGGAGAUGUUUGCACUCUUCUUCUUCGUGUGGCUUUCCAGCAGACUAGACAAUGUACUGCCUUCCGCAGGUCGGAGUGUGGAUUGCACAUUUUGGUCACCACCAUCUAACCCUGCACCUAUACACUAUCCCCAAAAACCCACCGCUCCAUCCCACUACGUUGGGAUGGGAGGAUGGAGCCCCUUCUCUCAAAACUUCCUGUAGCUCUUCUGCACUAAAAUCUCUCACCCCAAAAUAUUUCUCUGCUGCUGCAACUACCACAUGUCUUCUGUGAUUUCCGCUGCAUCAGCGCAGUACAGUUGAUCACCAUGGCUAUGAUGUUUGCACUCUGAAACUCUCCUCAUCUUUGAGAUGAACUAGACGUGGGGUUGAGCAGAGGGUAGCCUACAUUCUGUUUCCCUCUACGACACCCACAAGCUGGGCAGGACACAUUAGAACAGACUGUGACAAAACCACAUGAUCUUCCCUUAUUUUUUCCCGAACUUUCCAAUUUCUGAUACAAUUCUCUCACUUUUUGAUGCAAAUUAAAGUUGUUACACCUUUCCCAUA